GUUUUAUAGUUUUCAAUCUUUUAGAAAAGUAUGAUUAGUAUUAAUUUCAUUUGUUGCUUUUCUUGAUUGUAUAACUCCUAUGGUGGAACUGCAGUUGCUGUUUUGCCCCAUUGGUUCCAACAUUGUAGUUCGCACAGCAUGGUUUCCUAUGUAUUAUCACUUCAAGUUUGCAUUUCUUGUUUGGCUUCAACUUCCCAGCACUGAGUAUAGAAUUGUGAAGCUGCCCCAACAAUAUGGGAGCCAUCUGCGUCCCUUCUUGUUGAGGCACCAAGCUAGAGUUGAUCAGCUUACAGGCUUGGCAUAUGCUGGAAUGAUGUUGGGAUUUUUCACUUACAUGCACGUCAGGCUCAUCAGCGUAAACCAAGAAGAAAUCCACUGUGCUAGAGCUAUAAUGGGGAAGAUUACUGCAUCAGCGGACCAUAUCUUGAGAGGCUCUACUGAAGCAGCUCGACCGAGACAUCCUCGUGAUGGAAUUGGAGACCAGACAGAACUGCUCUCUGAUCCUGAUGAUCACCGAGAUUGGCAUUCAUUUUCCCUUUUUUCGUGGCUACCGAAGUUUUCCUUCCUAUGAGGCCUACCAUUACAUACAGCAUCUUUUCUUCUUUGGAUCAACAAAGAGAUGAAUAUCACGUUUUUAAUUUGCUUAUGCAGCAUCAACAUUGUUUCUCUUCGGUUAUCAAUUAUUCUAAUUUUACCGUUCACAUGUGUUGAGAUAAUGUUAUUUUUUCUUUUUCUUUUUCUUUUUUUAAAAAAGAAUUUAUUUAUUU